AUGGCACCCAAAUCAUUUCAAAUCCGCUGGUUCUUUUGGAUGCUGGUCGCAGGCGUCGCUUGGGUGUCAUCAGCUGAAGAAAAUCAAUUCCGUCAGUACAAUUAUGGUGACAAUGGGCAAACUAUUUGGAUGUGGAACUGUGACUGGAUUAAUAACGACAUCGCCCAAAAGCCAAGCUCCGCAGACCAGUGCGGAGGCGUCUGCAUUGCUAAUCCCAAUUGCAACCAUUUUACAUGGACCAAUGGAGUUUGUUACAUGAAGAGAGCCAAACUCCCAACCGAAAAUAGAAGAGUCAAUGGCAUUUGUGGAUGGGUCUUGAGUCGUGCAUAUUGGUCUAGCUAA